AUGUAUUUCAUAUGCUAUUUGCAGAAGGAGAGGAGUCAUAAAUCUCAAAAACGCAAACACCGAAGUAAUAGUUCCGAUCGGAACUCUUCAGACUCUGAGACCGGGAAGGAUGGUGAUAGAGAUAAGAGAAACCACCGGGAUGGUCAUCAUCGACAUCACAGUCAUUCUCACAAGAAACACAAACAUAAGCACAGAACUCACGAGGAAGAACACGAAGAUGAACCUGUGCGAUUGUCUGAAUUCCUUAAACAUGGGAGUAGCAGUUCGGACGAAUAA